UACUGUGUUAAUGAUAUAAGCUCAAAAUUAAUUUGAACUAAAUAUACAUUAAAACAUUGAUGCUACAUGAAAAUAAAUAUUACCACAACAAUUAGCACCACAGAAUUGUACAAGAACUAUAAAAAGGUCGGGCGAAACAAAAAUUUGUCACACUUCAACAGCUAACAUAGUUAGGUUAUGCAUAUGUAUUAUUAAUGUGAAGUUUACAGAAUGAAAGAGAUCAUGUAAAUAAAGCUUUUGUUUGUGGAUAAAAUAUUAAGCUCCUUGUGAUUCUGUAAACUUCAUCUUGAAUGAAUAGAUUGAAAUAAAACUGCUGGGACCGCUAGGCGUCAGUGUAGCUCUGAGCUCAGCGUUGGAAGAGCGGAAGUGACGCUGUUAUUUCUAAAGGCGGGAUCGGAAAGCAGCGCUGCUGUGGGAGUUAUUUUUGGGCGAACUGUGAGUCUGUGAACGUCGCGGCGUCAGUGGAUGAGAAGUGAAAUUUCUCAAUGAUAGUGUCAGGCCAUUGAGGAAAAGAGAUUGACCACAUUCACUCAACCCUCUUAACACAAAUCAACAAUGUCUUCAACAUCACAAAAACACAAGGACUUUGUGGCAGAGCCCAUGGGGGAGAAGCCUGUGAUGGCCCUUGCAGGAAUUGGUGAAGUUCUUGGAAGGAGAUUGGAAGAGAAGGGCUUUGACAAGGCAUAUGUUGUACUAGGACAGUUUCUGGUACUGAGGAAAGACGAGGAGUUGUUUCGGGAAUGGUUGAAGGAUACGUGUGGUGCAAAUACCAAACAGCAAGGCGACUGUUACAGUUGCCUGCGAGAGUGGUGUGACUCCUUCCUGUAGUCAGCUGUUUAUUUUUGUUAUUGUAUUUUCAUUUUGUCUGUUUUUUUCCCCUGGUAUGUUGAAUGCAUUUACCUCACUUCACCAAUUUGACUGUCUGGACUUUAUUUUGAUACACCAAUACUAACAUUUAUCCCAGAACUGUACAUUGCUGUAUCACUAGAUGUUCUUUAUAUAGGUACACUUGUAAGAUCACUGCUUCGCACACUGGAUGUUUAGCUACAGGGGUUUUGGUUUUGGAAUAUGAUUUUUAACCGUUCCAUUUGAGCAUCGACAAAACUCAGUCACAUGUAUUUCAGUUCAAUGUAUGUACAUAUCUGCCUACAGCAGUAUGCACAAUAUUUCACUGACAUUUCACAGACACUGGUUACACCAAUCUUCCCCCCGUUUAUUGUUAUAAUGUUUGAAGGUUUUAACUGAAAUUGACCAAAUUGUGUCACCGUGCUAUUACGCUUUUAAAGGUUUGUCACAAUUCAAAUAUGUAUUACCUUAAGCAGCCCAUGCAUAAUGGUAUCAUAUUGCCAUAUAACUGUAUGCCCCAAUCUCGGUUGUCUUUCGGUAAAUUAAAAUGCCUUAAUAAAAACUUUGGAUCUGUUUUAACUGUGAUUGGUUAUCUGAAGAUGAAUCCAUGAUUUUAAUUUUCAAGAACACAAUUGCUGAGAUUUGCUGCGCUCAGUGUUUAAGGUUCUUCAGGGAUGGUGUGAAAAACAGAGGAAUAUGUUAUAGCUAUUAAAUAUUUAUUGUUUCAAAAUUGUGCACAUAACAUACAUUUUAAUUUUUGUUUGAAAUAAAAUUAAAUUAUAAAAUAGGC